AUGACCAUCCUCUCAAACCCCGGACAAUCCUCAGCAAACUCCCCCCCGGAGGAUAAGCCGUACCACUCAAAACGACCUCACAAGAAGUCCAGGACGGGCUGUAGGAACUGCAAAACUCGCAAGGUCAAGUGCGACGAAGCUCGCCCGACCUGCCGCAACUGCGUGCUCCGCAAGGCCGAGUGCGUCUACCCCGGACCGGCCCACUCCCACGCCGACCAGCAACCGGGGUCGCCAUCCUCAUCCUCCGGCUCAACUUCAUCACGCGCCCAAACCCCGGGGCAGAGCGGCGAUGAGGACUUCAACGCGCUUGUGGUCAAGGAGCCGCUCUACAUUGCCACAAGCCAGCACGAUGCCAUCGACAUGAAACUCUUGUGGUUUUACACUACAAACACCUUCACCUCCUUCGCGACUCAGGCCGGGAGGGUGAAGCGCAUCGACGAUAUCUUGAAGAUCAAGAUCCCGGCUCACGCCUUCGAAAGUCCGUUCCUCAUGGACUGUCUGCUGGGCACCUCGGCCCUGCAACUCCAGCACCUCGGACAGGACAUCGCGCCGUCGCGAGCCCUCCGCUACCGUGCCCGCGCCUUCGAGGGCUACCGCAAGGCCAUCGAGGAAUUCAAGCCGGAGACAUUCCCCGCCCUCAUCGCUACCUCACUCCUUCUCACAGCCCUCUCAUCACAAAUGUUCCGCGAACCGGGCACGAAGGAGCUCUACAUCAUCGACUGGAUGAUAGUCUGGCGCGGCAUCGGCCUCAUGAUCGACAUGGCGACCCCGCAGACGGUAUGGGAGUCGGGCAUGGCCGAGCUCUUCUUCAGGCCCCCGAUCGACCUCGACAAGGCCGCCCUGCACAUCCCCAACAACCUCCUCUUCAUGAUCACCUCCAUCAAGCCCGGCGACCCGGACUUCGAAGACGUCGCAACCUACUACGACACCCUCAAGUACCUCGGCUCCCUCUACUCGGAGCUCGUCCACGGCUUCAGCCCCAUCAUGACCCUCCGCGUCGUCACCUGGUUCACCUUCAUCCCCAAGGGCUUCGUCGAGCUGGGCCGCCAGAAGAGGCCCCGCGCCCUCGUCAUCCUCGCCCACUACCUCAUGUUCAUGAAGGCCGUCCAGAACCUGUGGUGGAUCGACGGCAUCGCCGACCGCGAGAUCGCCGGCAUCGUGCGCCAUCUGGGCGCCGACUGGACCGAGGACCUCGCCGCGCCGCGCCUCGCCCUCCUCCUCGACGACCGAACCGACGUCGCGCGCCUGCUGCUCAACGACCCGCACUGGGAGUCGCCCAUCGAUUACUUCACCGAGAAGGCGCGGGCGCGGGACCCCCGGACCCAGUCGCUCACGUGGGUCGACGACACCGGCAAGCGGUAUAAGUCGAUGCCGCGGCACGUGGGCGCGUUGUAUCCCCCCAAUCCGGCGCCGCGGGGGACGGCGUGGGAGGAGGACGGGUUUCAUCCGGACGCGCUGUUGCUCGCUGCGCCGAAUAGAGAUUAUGCGGACUCGGUCUUACAGGCCAUCGAUUUGGGGGUUCAGGAUAUGGAUAUGUCCAGGUGA